AUAACAAAGAAAUAUUAUCGUUUAUGUAAAAACGUAUCAGUAGUUAUACCUAUAGCGGUUCUAACUCUAGAGCUCUGAGGGGGGAACGGGUGUGCGUGGGGAACUUGUAGGCGCGUGGGAGCAUGAUGUCACGUGGAUCGGGGGAUCUCGCGGUGCGGAAUUGCUGACGCGAGAUUUUCGGGUCCCCGGGAACGGUAGAGGGGGAAUCGAGAUCUGUGACCGCUGCCGCCGCCGCCGCCGCCGCCGAGGUGCUCGCACUCUCCCUCUGUUGCGAAUUUCUGUCUCUCCCAUACGCUAUAUCUUUCAGCAGCCAUCACCGCAGUGCUCGCUCUCCCUCUAUUGCGAAUUUCUCUCUCUCUCACCCGUACGUGAUAUCUCCAACCAUGCAGUCUUAUCAUUAUCUCGUUCUUUCUCUUUCAUUCGUUGCGUUCUUUUAUACGCGGUACAACGGUACAUCCCACCUCUUAUCUUAUCUAUGUACCUCCUACCAAGUUCCGCACGCCAUUAUACCGCAAAGGAAUAGGGAAGAGAAAAAAUAAGUUAGAAUAAUUAUUUAUAAAUUUUUUCAUUCAUUUAUUUCAUAACAUAUCAUAUACAAUAUUUGUCUGAUGCAUAAGUUCACAAUCUAUAAGACUUUUUUAUUUAUUCGUUUUGUAAAGCAUCAUAUACAAUAUUGUCGGAUGCAUAAGCCAAUAACUCGCAAUCUACGAGACACGUCUUAUCAUAUUUUUCAUGUAAUAUCUUUACAGCAUCACUUUUAUUAGUGAUAUGAUUUUGACGUAAAAUAGUAACAAAUUGUUUAUAUUUUUUACCAACAAUAUAAAUAUUUUAAUGCAUUUGAUAGCAUACUUGUUCAACACAAUUUUCCAGUUCUAAUAAGAAUUGUAUGGUUGAUGGUUUCAUAUACAUACUAAUAUUAUAUAAUGUUAACUUUACAAUAUUUUCUUUACGUAUAUUUACGAGAUCUAUAACUAGAUCAUGAAUCAAAAUUCUUACAGAAGGUAUAGCUGCCUGCAUAAGUUGUGCAAUAUCCGCACGUCUUUCGAUGAACGUUUUCCACAUCGCAUAGGUCAGGUGUAGUUGAUUACAUCGGUUGUUGCCAAUCAAUAAUUCUACACAGGGUAUAGAUCCCACAUUGAUUCCAAUGUCCAAAUAUUUAUAUGUUGUGGCAGUCAAAGCAUAUUUCCUUCUCAAGAUGCGCGGAAUAUAGCGCGGCUGCGAUAGUGUUCUGUUAAAAGAAUACAGAAAAUUAAAAAUAAAAUGUGAAUAAAUGUUGAAGGAAAUAUAGACGACAAGAAUGAAUGUAGAAGAAAAUAUAGACGACAAGAAUUUAAAAAUUAAAAAUAUUUACGGUUUAUCACACGCUUCAUUUUGCUGGAUUGGAACGUAAUAAUUCAUCUUUGAGAAGUUCGUCUUUCACCGAUUAACCGAGCGGUAACGUUUCAGAAACCUUUGCUGUCCGUCUUGUAAACGGAUGACAUGGUAUCCGUUGUCAGAACUCUUUUUAUACCUUCUCUGUACACCCCACCACAUACCCCAAUAAGAGUAGUGGGAACAAAUCCCAUAGUCUUUAUUUGACAUAUUUUUGAUAAGAUCAUUCAAAAAUCAUACAUUUAAAGAAUGCAAAUUUUGCAAAAGUCAGCGCCGAUGUAUGGCAGCUGUGAUGCAAAAAUACGCUUCAGGCACGUACACAAAUUAUUUGAUACAUAUUUUCUGAUAAGAUUAUUCAAAAAAUCACAUUCGAAUAAUCUUGCAAAGCGUUGAUGUAUGGCUGCUGUGACAGAAUAUGUUUUAGGCACGUACAUAAAUCAUUUGUUAUAUCACCAUUAGUACAUCUGCGCUUCACUUUGAAGCGCAGAUGUACUAAUGGUGAUAUGACAAUGCUUCGGUUAAAACAAAGAAAUGAAGAAAAUAUAUAUAACUGGUCGGGAAGCGCAUGGUAUCACUUUUGAUGAUCCGAACGCGACGUGAUUCGAAUGUGAAUUAACGCGACAUGAAAAAUGAAUGAUCAGUUUAAUGAUCUGGAAAACUUUGUAAAUAAUGAAAAUUUUGUGAAUGAUAUGCUCCAAAUGGAUAACGGCGUGAUGGACGUUAUAGAUGUUAACUGUGAAAAUGUGAUAGAUGAUGAGGAUGAAGAGAGUGUAGUAUCUGAGGACAGUAAUUAUACAAGUGAUUGCAAUGAAGAGUUUAAUGAUACCAUCGAGAAACAUUUGACACAUGCGGAAGGGAGCGUGAUAACUGCACGUACGAGACAUUAUGCCAUAUAUUUUCAUUAUACUACAGGUGGUACUUAUUCAGCCUGUGUAUCAUGCAAAUAGCGGACACAGAUUUCAACAUAAUGCAUGCCUUCUGCAAACAUGUAACUGACGCGUUUGGUAGGUUAGACGGUAAAUACUGCUCGAAUUGCAGUCAACCUAGUUUGUGUUGAUUUCGUGCAAUAUGUGUCCAGUGUGCACAUAUUGAAGACUUUUAGUAUAAAAUUAUGUACCAUGGAUUAUGAAGAGGCAGAUUAUCGAGCUGCUUGCAAAGAAUAUAAAAUUUGGCACAUCCUAGAUCUCGACAGAGAAGAAGAUUUAUCAUUAAAACAUGGAUCCAUUACGCGUUUUCUUCGAGACAGAGAACUGAGCGUGCGAGGAACCGAUAGACGUUUCAUGAGACAGGCUAAAAUCGAAAUAUGUCAACACUAUGAGCAUUGGCCUAGACAUUUGCAAAAAAAAUUUCUUCGCGAGGUCAAGACAGAUUAUUUUACCAGACCAAACAUUUUCCGAUGUGAGUGGAAUCAUUACAUUUGUCUAAUAACCAAUGGAUAAAUAGAUGAAUUUAUUCGUAAAUACGAGGAUGUGAUGAGCUUUCUCGUAACCAUUCCUGUAGGUGUUAACGGACUGCAGGCUGAAAUAUUGGUUUUUUGAUGAGAAUCCUAACCGAGGACUUGCGUUUCCGGGCCAGAGUAAGUUAGACGUGUGUAGUUGCAAGCAGUGAAUUGAGUGUAAUAAGAGGUGUUGGAAAGCGUAGGAGAGGGUAGGAUAGUCGGGUGGGAGCGAAAGAGAACGAUAGAGAGAGUGUGGGUGGAUAGGUGAGUGGAGAAAGUGAGGAUAAGAGUGAGUUAACGUAUUAAUUAGGUGUCUCGGGGAAUAACAGGGUUAAAGCAGGGAGCAGGUAGAGAGAAGACGUGCGUACGUGAGAGUGGGGGAGCAGGAGCGCCGCAUAGUGACAGAGUAGGGAGGUAAUAUAGAGUUAAGGCGGGUUCAGUAGACGCGACAAAAAUGGCGGAUAGAGGCAGAAGCGACAGUUGCACUUCGGUUGAUAGCAUGAGAGGUAGCAAGAGAGUAGCUAGAUCGCCGGCGGGAGAGGACGGAGAGGAAUGGGAUAGGAAAUUAAGAGAUUGGAAAGAGGAGAUUGUUAGUAGCUUAAAGAUGGUUAAAUUAGAGAUGAAGAAAGAACUGAAGGAGAUUAUGGAGGAGCAGGGUAGAAAGUUGAGAGAGGAGAUAAAUGCGUUGAAAAAAGAAAUUAAUGAUUUCAAGGAAAGAGAAUAUAGAUGGGAAAGAGAAAGAAAAGAGUUAGUGGUGGAGCAGGAAGAGUUAAAGAGAAAGAUAGAGAAAAUAGAAGUAGGAGGAGAUAACGCAGUGGGAAAAAAGGUGAAAGAGAUAGAGAGGAGGUUAGAGAUGAAGGAAAGGGAGGACAGAAGGAAGAAUCUAUUAAUUAAAGGUGUAGAGGUCAAGGAAGGGAGUAGGAAAGAGGCGGUGGAGAAGGUGUUCAGGGAGAUAGGAGCAGAGGUGACUGUGAAGGGAGUUAGGAGAAUAGGAGAGGGGAACAAAAAAGGGAGAGAGAUGAUAUGGGUGAAGUUAGAGAGUGAAGAACAGAGGAAAGAAGAGUGGAGUAGGAAGAAGACGCUAAAAGGUAGGGAAGAAAGAAUUUUGGAAGAUUGGACUUGGAAGGAGAGGAGGAUGAGAUGGAGGUUAGAAAAAAUAGCAAGAGUAGAAGAGGAAAAGGGAAAUAGGGUAUGGUUAGGAUAUGGAAGGAUCAGGAUAGGAGAUUAUUGGUGGAAGUGGGAUGAAGAAGAGGAAGUCUUGAGGAAUGAGAAAGGAGAGUUGAGGAUAGAGGAAGGGGGGGAAGGGAAUGUAGGAAGAUUGUGAAGGGUAAGUCAAGAGAGGAGGAGUCGAGAGAAGCGAGGGUCUUGAAAAUAGAUUUUUGGAAUGUGGCAGGGCUGGGGAAUAAAGAUAAGGAUUUUUGGGAUAAUUUAAAAGAAUGGGAUGUAAUGUUUUUAUCAGAGACAUGGGCGGACACAAGGGGUUGGGAAAAGAUAAGAGACAGGGUACCAAAGGGUUAUGAGUGGGGAGUACAGAAGGCUAGUAGAAAAAAUAGAAAAGGUAGAGCAAUGGGGGGAAUGGUGGUAGGAAUAAGAAAAGAGUUAAGUGAUAGAGAAA